CCCGUGCAGCUGCACCGGAAUGCUAACUAAACGAGGAAGUGGCUGUAACAUGACGAGGGACAUCAUUGCCUCCCGGCCGCUCAAGGCUUUCGGGUGCUACAUGGAUAUUUUUUAGAUGCCAAAUGUAAUGACCGCCCCGAGCUUGCACCAUGUAUGUGGCUGGCCGUGUCUGUCUCCAACCUUGCGGAUGACACUCACACAGGUACCGGCGGUUCAGAGCAAACAGCGGCGGCGCGGACUCACCGUUACCGGGAAGUGCUGAGAGACGCCAAGCUAGAAAGCUAACAGCACAAGAAUAAAAUAAAAAUAAAAAACUCCAGACAAAUGCCAACACCAAUGGUAUCCCAUAAGGUCUUCGUCGCAAUAAUCUUACUAAAUGUGUAUAUAGGUGUACAGUCUGUUUUAUACUUAUUCGGCGGCGUCCUUUUAACGGUCCUCUUUGCUAUGGCAUUUCUAAAUGGACCCAGGCUGCUUGACUGGGCGAAUUCACCUCCACAUCUUCAGUUUAACAGAUACGUCUUAACGGGUUACCGGCCAAUCUCCUCAGUGCAAGACUGCAUCAGAAGCCUGUUUUACCUGCACAAUGAACUUGGAAACAUAUACACUCACGGCAUCCCUUUGGUUUGCUUUCUGGUGCUGCUGCCUCUCAACAUCCCCUGGUCUCAGAUCAGUGUUACGUGGUUGGGCGUGGUGCACUUCCUGGCUUGCCUGUCACCUCAGCUAGGCUCUGUGCUCUACCACCUCUUCAUGAACCACGAGGGAGGGGAACCCGUCUACCACACCCUCCUCAAACUCGACGUGUGUGGAAUCUGCAUGAUCAACACGUUGGGGGCGCUGCCCAUCGUCUACAGCACGCUGCUGUGCUACCCGUUCAUCCGCACCGUGGCUCUGUUAGUCUACAUCCUGCUGUCCAGCCACGCCAUCUACUGCGCCGUCACGGCUCGGAGCAGCGUUCGCCGGCUGCGCUCCUUCGCCUGGCAGGCCCUUUUCCGCUUCUCCUUCUUCUUGCUGCGCUGGGUGGGCGUGGGCGGCGGCAGCCCCACCUCGCUACGCCACUUCCUCACGAUGGACGCGCUGGCCGUGCUGGGUGGGGUCAUUAACAUCACACGCAUCCCGGAGCGCUUCCGCCCGGGCCUCUUUGACUACUGGUGCAAUAGCCACCAGAUCAUGCAUGUACUGGUGGUGGGUUCCAUCCUUUACCUGCACUGGGGUGUGCUGGACGAUCUGCUGUGGAUCAACAGCUAUAACUGUCCCUCAGACUGACCCCCCCCGCAGUCUCACCCCCUCACAAAGAACACUGGGAUAUAAUGUUAAAGGACCUCUGUGGGUGUCUGUAGAGGGAAGGGGAAGGAAGGGAAAUCAGGGGGAACUGAUCCUGUGAGGUGAGACGAUAUGUUGUUUGUGCAUGUGUUCACCUCAUGCACUGAAACGUAGAAUGUUCAUAUCUCCGUUCAUCUUGGUACUUUGUGCAGAUACAUACAAAAGUAUGUCAAGUAACACGCACAAGCAUUUUGACUCUUAAUUGCCACAAACACACACACACACACACAGCAGAAUGGAAAUAUUUUAAACAGUAAAUUUAAUGAAUUAGUUUUGAACAUAUACAUGCAUUGAUAAAGUCUUAAGUAAAGGCUCUAGUUAAAGGCUAAUGCUGAGUUUAAAGCCUUUACUUAGUAACAGAAGUUUUACUUGAGCAGUAGUUGAUGUAGUUGGUUAAGACAGCCUGUGGCUAAAUUAUAUCACAUGCUCAAGUCCUCUCAGAUGUCACUGUUGCGACCUAUGCAGCACAUCCAUAUCACAAGUCAUGCACAUCACAUACACUCAACAACACUCAGACACCCUCGCACAUAUAUUUUUAUACUACAUGUACAUACUGUACAAGUUCAUAGAGUUUUCACUAUGUCCAACGGACUGAAUUUUACUGGACUGGUUGUUCUGUCUGUGUUUCCUUGUUUUCUGCCACUGCCUCUUUUUAUUUAUGUGUGUGUCUGAUUCGUCCUUAAAGUCACAAGAUUACGAGGAAAUGAAGAUGGGCGAGGGGGUUCAUUCCAAAGUGUGCUAGCAUGUUGGCAAUGAGUUAACUUGCUGUUGGUGGCUUGGACCACACAUUAGAAUCAAUUGUGCAGUGUUAUUGGCUUUGUUUGCACCUGAGCUCAGUGCCAAUGAUAUUCAGGCAUUUUUAAUCAGAAAAACAAAUGCACACGUUUACAAACUAUGUUGUUCAGUGGCAUUACCCUUUGCCAAACCUUUGCAUAUAGCAAAGUCCUAGUAAUUUAUUCUUGUGCAUUUACAAUAACCUCCCAUUAUAAGGAAGGUUGUCACCACUAUUUCCUUUUAUGGAAGAGGAGGUUUUAGUACUUUUAUAAGUGCUGUCUUAUGUUUAACAUUAUUUAAUUUAUAAUUUGUUCUGUAAAAAUGACUGACAGACUCAGACAGGUCCUCUGAUGAUAACAAAGUUUUACACUGAAACGCCAUCAUAUGUCAAUUAGAUCAUGAUGUAUAUGUGGAAGCAAGAUGCACGAAACAUCUUUUAUGGUAACUUGAUUGUAAUUAUAAGAUCUUAAAAAAUUAAACAUCUUUACACUAUAAACCUGUUCAGACAAACUACAGACAAAACUCACUUGCAUAUUGGCACAAUAUGCGCAAGAUACUGUAAUGAAAUACAUUAUAUUUAUUAAGCUUUUUAUUCAGUUGUAUUUAUUUGCAGAUACAGGUAACAUUGUUUCUGCCUGAACAGUUUACGUUGUUGCUGUGCAGGAUCACUGGCUGACAGAUCAAUUUAGAGGUCAGAGAAAAUCUUUUAUUUUAUUCAAGCCGUGCAAAUCCCGAGGAUUAAAUCCUCAUUUUCUCCCCUCACACUUUUUUUCCAGCGAUGUUUGACUUCUCAGUCACACAAUAAUGUGGCGGGGGGGAAGGUCGGUCUCUAUGCAUUACAAUUCACAUAACAUUCACAAUAAUCAUUAAGAAGAACAUUGUUAUGUGACUUUUAAAACUCUUCUGAAGAUGUUACUUUUUCUCGGGCUUGAAUGAAAACAGUUUUAUUGUAUUUGGAUGUUUACUUGUACAUUGACGCUAGAUAUUGAUGGUUUAUAAGGGUCAGUGAUUAUUGCUACUUUAUGUUUUCUUAUUUAAAUGCACCACUUUUGCUCUGCAGCUAGAUUUGUGUUUUGUGAAAUUGAACAGCUUGACUUGCACUUUAAAAAAAAAACCUGAAUAGAUGUUAGACAGUCUGAGUCUUUUUAAAUUGGAGUAGUAUUUAAUUUAGCUCGCUUUGCCAAACAGGAAUGAACCCCUAUGCCCUCCUGUUAGGUCUUUGUGAAUGUCCAUGAUUGUUUUGCCACUGUAUUCCUCUGUAGCAUUUCAGUUACUACUCUUGAGUAAAAGUCGCUGUUGCUCUGUACCUUCAUUCUCAAGACUAGUGGUUGAAGUGCGAUUUCUUUUCCAGAGGGAGACUUUACUUUCUUAAUGACAUUGCACUUGUUUUCCAUGCCAACAGUCACAGCCGCCCACUGAGUAGUUGCUAAUUUCCCCAGCCUCACUUCAUCUCGCCAAAUUAGCAGAGUCUGAGGUGUAGCAUAUCCUCUGCCUCCUGCGCUAUCACUGACUCAUGAUGAAGAAGGAUUUCCCAUAGUCUUUAUCACAUACACUACAUUGUGCCCACCCCCCCACCUUGAUAAAGAGCAAGAUACUGGACGUCUGCUAGUCUCACUAUGAUGAUUAUUACUUACUAUGACCAUGGGACAAUGUAUGUAUUUUUGGCCAUUGAAUGAAACUGAAAAAGAUG